CUAACCCUAGCCACACACUUUCAUUCGAAAAGUUUUACCCCUUUCUGGCCAGAUGAGAAAACCGCUUCUAGCUCUCUGUUGAUUCCAGACCCAAUUCGCAGGAGGGAGUUGGAGCACCUACGUUCCCAGAUUAAGGGUCAUGGCCACUACUUCCCGCCAGGCUAGAAGAGAAAUGGACAGGAUUAGUAGUUUACCAGAUGAACCCCUCUGUCACAUUCUCUCUUUUCUCCAAACACAAGAAGCUGCUGCCACAAGUGUUCUUUCAAAGAGGUGGAGGCACCUAUGGACCUCAGUCCCCACUCUCGACUUUGACUUUGACGAGAAAAUCUAUAGCAAUAUGGGCAGACCCUCCUAUUGCUUUGAAAAGUUCAUAUACGCAACCAUUCUCGCCAGAGAUGCGCGACAACCCAUCCGAAGCUUUCGUCUCAAAUAUGAGGCUGAAACUUACUGUCGGAAUGCAGAUGUCAAUGUUUGGGUAAACACCGUUUUACAACGUGGUAUUGAGAACCUUCACCUCUGGAUGUCCAAGUUUUGUCGUAGAAAUAAUGUUUUGAGAAUUGUCAGCUGCAAAACCCUUGUUGUUCUCAAGUUGAGAGGGUUACGUGUGUAUGCUUCUUCUCCAGUUGAACUUCCCUCACUCAAAUCCCUACAUUUGGAACAUGUUGAAUUUCGAAAACGUCAAUCUAUUUUGGAGCUUGUUCGUGGGUGUCCAAUUAUUGAGGAUUUGAAAGCUCGUACUAUACAUUAUGUUGGUUUUAUAAAUUAUGCUGAUCGUGAUCCUUCUGUUGAUGCCUUUUUUUGUGAUGGAGCUGUUAAAAUCUUACCCAAGUUGGUCAGGGCAGAUUUAUCACCGUUCUGUGUGGAUGUUCCUCUGAAAGCCAUAUGUAAUGUGGAGUUUUUGACUUUGAACACCAACCAGUAUCCUAAUCCUUUGGAUGAUGUGGUUCCUAAAUUUCCUAAUUUAAUACAUGUGGUGCUCCAAGUUGAUUUAUUUGUAAACUGGCCUUUGGUGCUUGCGAUGCUCAAAAAUUGCCCGAAGCUUCAAGUUUUUGAACUUGAUUGCGAAGGUCAACCUGAAGAUGAGUCUUUUUUGCCUGACCCUCAUUUUGUUCCUGAAUGCCUUACUUCACAGUUUAGAAAGUGCUCUCUUGAAUAUUACUAUGGUACAGAAAGUGAGCUGAGAUUUGCAAAAUAUAUCAUGCAGAAUUCCACAACUUUACGGACCAUGACAAUUUGCUCUAAGCCUUCCUUAAGUCCACAGGCAAAACUUAAAAUGCUUAAACAAUUAGCAUUAUGCCCAAAGAGAUGUGAACUUUCAUUUGAAUGAUAAAUGUUAGGUUUAUUUAUAGCUAGUUAGCUACAAAUGAUUCUUAGAUGACUGCAUAUGCUAUUUUUUAAUGUAAUGCAACGAGGUAGUACUUGGAUUUUGUGUAAUUUUAUCUUGUCGCGUACUUAUCUGCUUAUUGUUUGCUAAAUCCAGUUCUGAUACAUGACCAGAGAUGAGUGUAUAAAUGUUACUAUUUUGUAUGUUGCUGAA